AUGCAAGUAUCCGCUGAUACCGGAUCGGAUCACGAAGAAAGGGGAACAGCUUUCGCACUAGCAGAAUGGGUACCACCGUCAAAACGGAUUGAGAGGAUCGAUGUAAUUGAGAAAGGAGAAGGCAUGUUUGGCUGCCUUCGAAGGCCAUGCAAACCAGUACGUGAGGAGAGGUUUAUUGGAUGUGGAUGGGACUUUCCUCCCAUGGAGGAGCAGGUGGAAGUGCUGUUGCUUGUGCAGCUGGAACAUAAGGCUGAAAAACGGGAGGAGGCCGAUAGGCUGCAUUUAAUUGGGUUUUGGGGACUGCAAUCUCGGUUAGAUUGUCCAGACUUGUUGACUUAUAGUCGCCGCUCACAACUUCUCCAUACCGCUCCUGCAUCUCCUGGGGAUCCUCCUGCACAAGCACUGGAUUCCACGGGACCAUCAUCACCGCCAGUGCCCUCUCCUGUACCUUCCCCGGAUGCCCGCUCAGAUCCUUCGACGUCCGAUCUUGAUCUUCCUAUAGCUUUGCUUCAAUGCGAAGAUGGCCAGGCUCUUUAUUCGUCAUCCGAUGAGCUUCACGUGGCGGCCCUACAAGCAUGGUCGAUGAAAAGGGCCCUUGCUACUUAUUGCUGUUGUGAAAAUGCAUCAAAGAUAGUAUCUGAUCUCCAUGCGAUGCGGCAUUCUGACGUUACGGCAGGGCAACAAUACUGGGCACAUAUGAUGAGAAAGGUCACCGGGGCUGCUUUCGUGAUAAUGCCGGAUGACAGAGAGGGCAAGAUGUUCUUUCCCAACUCCCUGAUCAAGAAAGGGUUGAGAGUCGAAGUCCUCCUCCUCCUGAACCCACAUAUGGACUCAUUCCCGAGCAGAGGCAGCCAUCCAGAUCAUCGCAACAUCGGAAAGGUCACCAGCCCAGGCCAGGCAAAAGCAAACCCGGACCAUGAAAGUCAAAGGAGGUUCAGCACCCGUCAGCCAGCAUGCAUUCUCAAUCAGGGAAGAAAGAAGAAGUCCCAUCAUUUCUUCAGCACCGUCCUCGGCUCAACGGAUGUUCCACCAGCUACACAAAAAUCGCCAGCAUCACGAACACCAUCUGCAGCACUCAAGGCACCCGAGCAAGAGCAGGCUGCCUCGAAAAAACGGUCGGGCAGAAGGUUUGCCCUCUGUCACCACUUUGUAGUGUGGUGUGCAGCUGAGGAGGAAAACCCCGGGCGUCGUUUUCGGGAUUACGCCCUCCUUGGUGCUCCGCCAAGGUGCCAGCAUGGGAUUGGUGCAUGA